AGUAGAGAGAAAGAGAAGAGAGGAGAGAGAGAGAGAGAAGAAAGCUUUCUGCUCUUAAUUCUCUCUCCCAUGAAAGAUCAAGCUCUGUUCUGGUCCUAGGGUUUCGUACUGUUCACUCAUCGAAGCUCUUGAAGCUCAGAAUUGAGUUCUAUCUUGGAGAACUGGAGGAUGUUUAUGAACUUGAAGUGAGAUUUUGAGGUGCUCGUUGUUGAUUGGAUCGAGAGGAUGGCGCAAAGUAAUUGGGAAGCGGAUAAAAUGCUUGAUGUUUAUAUUUAUGAUUAUUUGCUGAAGAGGAACCUGCAGUCGACUGCGAAAGCCUUUAUGGCUGAAGGGAAGGUUGCGGCUGAUCCCGUCGAAAAUUUUCCGAGCAAAUUUAACUUUUGCUUAGCAGCAAUUGAUGCCCCGGGAGGAUUUCUCUUUGAAUGGUGGUCUGUUUUCUGGGACAUAUUCAUUGCUAGAACAAAUGAAAAACAUUCAGAAGUAGCAGCAGCAUACAUAGAGGCACAACAAGCCAAGGUGAGAGAGCAUCAGCAACAGUUACAGAUGCAACAGUUGCAACUCAUACAGCAACGAAAUGCUCAGUUGCAACGAAAUAAUCCUAAUCAUCCUUCACUUAGUGGCCCAAUUAAUACCAUAAACUCUGAUGGUAUUUUGGGGACAUCAACAGCAAGUGUUUUGGCUGCCAAGAUGUACGAAGAGCGUUUGAAGCAUCCCAACUCGAUGGAAUCUGAGGCUUCUACGCAACUUCUUGAUGCUAGUAGGAUGGCACUUCUUAAGUCAGCAACGAAUCAUCCUGGCAGGCAGUUAGUCCAAGGUAACCAAGCUGGUGUAUCUGCAGCAUUGCAGCAAAUGCAGUCACGAAAUCAACAGACAACUGAUAUUAAGACAGAGGGUAACUUGGGUGUAGCUCAAAGAUCUAUGCCUAUGGAUCCAUCAUCCAUAUACGGACAGGGUAUUAUACAGGCAAAAUCUGGACUAGGAGGUCCUGGAUUGAGUCAAGGUGUUAGUGGUCUUACAUUGAAGGGCUGGCCCUUAACAGCAAUUGAUCAACUGCGGCCGAAUUUGGGCCCACAAGUUCAGAAGCCUCUUUUGUCUCCACAAAGUCAGUUUCAGCUCAUGUCACCACAACAGCAGCAGCAAUUCUUAGCACAGGCCCAAGCACAAGGAAAUCUUGGUGCAUCAACUAACUAUGGAGAUAUGGAUCCUCGACGAUUUAGAGGCUUGCCACGGGGCAAUUUGAAUGGAAAAGAUGGCCCACUUACUGGAACGGAUGGAUCUAUAGGUUCUCCUAUUCAGUCAAAUUCACCUAAAGUUAGGCCUGAUCAAGGAGAAUAUCUAAUGAAGAUGAAGAUGGCCCAGAUGCAGCAGCAGUCCUCUGCUCAGCAACCACAAGAACAGCUGCAGCAACAACAGCAGAUGCAGCAGAAUAACAGAAAAAGAAAGCAGGCAACUUCCUCUGGAGCUGCAAAUAGUACUGGUACAGGAAACACUGUAGGCCCUUCUAAUUCCCCUCCAUCAACUCCAUCUACUCAUAACACUGGUGAUGGAGUCGCAAUAGCUGGAAAUAUGCAACAUGUUAACAGUAUGCCAAAAGGGCUAAUGAUGUAUGGUACUGAUGGGCCAGGGGGACUUGCUUCUUCUUCAAAUCAGAUGGAUGACUUGGAGCACUUUGGUGAUGUUGCUUCUUUAGAUGAUAAUGUGGAGUCGUUUUUAUCCCAACAUGAUGAUGGGGAUGCAAGGGACAUUUUUGCUGCAUUAAAAAGAAGUCCUGCAGAACCCAAUCCAGAGCCUUCAAAGGGUUUUUCAUUUAAUGAGGUUGGUUGUAUCCGUACAAGCAACAGCAAAGUUGUCUGCUGCCAUUUCUCUUCAGAUGGAAAGAUAUUGGCUAGUGCGGGACACGAGAAGAAGGCUGUUCUCUGGAACAUGGAUACACUGCAAACAGAGAGUACACCAGAAGAGCACGCUCUUAUCAUCACAGAUAUACGUUUUAGGCCAAACUCAACUCAACUGGCGACAUCUUCUUUUGAUAGAACUGUUAAGCUAUGGAAUGCAGCAGAGCCAAAUUAUUGCUUGCAGACAUUUAGUGGCCACAGCUCCCAGGUGACAUCAUUAGAUUUUCAUCCUAAAAAGACAGACCUUCUAUGUUCUUGUGAUGGCAAUGGGGAGAUUCGUUUCUGGAAUGUGAGCCAAUAUUCAAGCUCACGUAUCUCCAAGGGUGGCACAGCACAAGUGAGGUUUCAGCCUAGAAUUGGACGUCUUCUUGCUGCAGCUUCGGAGAAUGUUGUUACGAUUUUUGAUGUUGAGAGUGAUACUAAAACACUCUCAUUACAGGGUCAUACAAAGGAGGUGCAUUCUGUUUGUUGGGACAAUAACGGGGAGUUCCUGGCUUCUGUUAGUCAGGAUGCUGUAAAAGUGUGGUCAUUGGUAUCAGGAGAGUGCAUUCAUGAGCUCAGCACCAACGUGAACAAGUUCCACUCUUGUGUUUUUCAUCCAAACUAUUCAACUCUUCUGGUUAUUGGAGGGUACCAGUCUUUGGAGCUAUGGAACAUGGUGGAGAGCCAAACAAUGUCAGUUCCAGCCCACGACGGUCUCAUUGCCGCAUUAGCCCAAUCUCCUACCACAGGAAUGGUCGCCUCAGCGAGCCACGACAAGUCAGUCAAAUUAUGGAAAUAGAAACCAAUGAUGUUAUAGCUUUGUCAAAGAUACAGGAGAGGAGGGACAAGAAGAUGAAGUAAUCGCCGUUAAUUAUUGUUAAAUCCAAUAAAAUCUGGUAGUGGAUGUUUAAUUACUAUGUUUAAAGUAAGGGACUGGCUUUUCUUGUUAAUCUGAGAAGGGGGGUAGAAAGUAAGCUACAAAUAGCUUGCUUACGAGUAUGAAUGGUAUUUAUAGAUUGGUGUACAUUGACUUUAGUUGGUAGAAUUAGCGAGGAUGGAUGAUUUGACUAGUUGAGAGCGAUUUGUCACAAGGUGUUUAUAUAGAAAAUAAUAUGAUUUCUAAUAAUAUUAUGGCGUUUUCUCA